CUCUCUUGAGCCAAAAGCAGGCGGCUGCUCUUAUCAGAACUCUUUCCUGCGUUUCACUUCGGAGAGCCAAUGGGCGAAACACAGAACUAUUUACACAGAACAAGCUAGAGCCGCUAUCUGACGGAUAUCGCGCCUUGUCAGGCCGUUGCCAGGCAUCCUAUUUUUUGACAAGAGAGUUGCCGUGCACACUAGUCUAGUGGUAGACUUGGGCUGACUUACUUUGAGCCGCAAUCAUGGCAGAGUUCGAAAAUUGUCAGAAGUGCGGCAGGGACUCCCUCGACGUCUGGAUGGCAAACCAGUGCCUGCAUAUGAUUUGUAACAAAUGUCUGGUGCAAGAGACCAGCAUCGACGACUGCGUCCACUGCAAUGCGGCUACCCAGAAGUUCUGGUGCCCCGGGAGGAAGUACGGCUGCAAAUUCCAGAAAACCAUCUCUGAGACAAAACUGCAUAUCAAGACGUGUGGGUCUGUCCCGGUCUUCUGUCCCAACGAAUGCGGCCAAGCCCCGUCUAAGAAGUCUCUCCCGGAUCACGUGAGUUUGGAAUGCCGACUUCGUAUCGCCGAGUGCCUGUUCUGCGGCGAGGGAUGCUACGCCCUCAAGCUCUCCGCUCACCACGCAAUUUGCGACGAGGCCCCAGUGUCGUGCACCUACUGCCACGAGGAUAAUAUCCGACGAGGAUCGCUGUUUGCUCACGCCAGAGACUGCGUCAAGACGCCCAAGCCGUGUCCUAUGAAAAAGCACGGCUGCACUUUCGAAGCCGUCGAGACAGAGAUAAAGGACCACUUGAACUUCAGAAACCACAUCUCGUGUUUUGAUGACAUCCACGAGAGGAUCCAGGAACUUGAACUGACGAACACCAUUGAACGCCGCAACCAGAGAGACGAGGGAGCAAAGCAUGAAACAAACCAGCCCGCUGUGAUUGGGGGCGUCAGCCUGUUCGACAAAGAACUCCUAUGGUUGGUGAAAUUACCCAAUGCAGCUCACCCUGGCAAAGUCAGUACCAUUUUCAAACACCGGGAGACUAGUAGGACCUUUUUUCUCGAGAUCAACUGCGCCGGCCCCGUAAAAGGGGAAUUACCUCAGGGAAACGAGGAGCUUAUGUACAGCAUGUAUAUGACUCACCUGGAGGCAGGAGAGCGCAAGAAAGACAUCAACUUCUUCAUCCAAGCUGAAAACGUCCCCGCCGAUGGCAGGCUUCUGGGGAAGGCCCGCCACAGCUGCUUGGCACCUUCGGCGGAAAAAAUAUUUGUGCUCAAAUUCAAGUGCGCUUCAAGUCAUGGCAGAGUCAACAUGGUUCUCGUCAAGCUCACCUCUGACUAAAACAAAAAGGAAACGUUGACUCACACCAGAUAAGCGUAUACCAUUUCAAAGUAAGGCAAUAUUACUCAGCAGUUAAUUAAUUGUUCUCCUUGUUGAGUUUGUAGCUUCCUUUCUGUGCAAGCCAUCCCCAGAAAUGUGUGCCAUCGUAUGCUUGCGCCAUCUCUUGGCGGGUUACGGAAGCGCCCCUUUAGAAGCCCAUGUAUUGCAGAUACAAAUAUGGCCACAACACCGAAACGUUACGCUUUGAACAGUUCGUAUGCUACUACUAUAUUCUAUCACGUACCGCUAUUCUUGUGCCAAAAUUUCAAGAUGAUGACGUGUAAACUGCAGGUUCCUCGAUCGAAUAAACUCUUUUAUGUAUUGACA